AUGACCAGAGUAGUGAAGGCUAGACUUGAUCCUUCUGAAUUUCUCAAUACGCUUGGAGGAUCUGAAUCACCUGGAAGAACCUGGAUGCUUAUUUUCACUGCUAAGGAUCGUUUGAAGAGUGAUACCUAUUUCCCUAUUACUGCUGUUCAACGAUUUGAUGCAGCGGGAAAAAGGAUUGAGAAUGGAGUAUUCUUUGGGCCUCUUGGAUACUUAACAUUUGAAGGGAGAUUUUCAUGUAAGAAGAGAAUAUUGGCUUUUAUUUUUGAGUGUGUCAGAAUAAAGGUUGGGCCAUUUGGUCCACUUCAGAUAAGCCUGGGGCAAAAAGAUGAGAGGGAGCCAAGCACCAAAAAAGACCCCUUGUUCAUCUGGUUUUACAUAGAUGGGGAAAUUGCUGUGGCUCAAGGAAGAGGUAGUGGAACAGCUUUCUGGAGCCGCUGUCGCCGUGUGACAUGA